CACGUCGUUUCCAGGAUUAUUUACCCUUUAGCCCUUCCCUCCGACCCGAAAUGUGCAAAAGUGCAUGAAAGUCAGAACCCCCAGUGCACUUGAUCGGCCUGCGCGGCUGGAUUCUCGGCGCUGCCCGGGGGUGCAGAUGGGACCGGUUCUGGGCAGAGGGUAAUUACGGGCAUUCCUGACAUUCCUCGGCGCUGGGGGUUGAUAUGUUAUAAUGAUUAACAAGGUGUGUGACAGCCAGGGCUGGCAGUUGGACAUGCAGCUGGUAGGGAAGCUGGCACUCACUGCCACGGCCGCCCUGAUUUUGGCUUUGGCCUUCAGGUUCUACAAGUCCAGGGUCCAUGAGAGAAGUGGGGCGGCCGAUGGCGGCGGCGGGGGGCACAGCGGGUACCAAGACGUUGCAGGUGGGGAUCACCUAAACGACGAAACCAAUCAACUUCGCCGCAGGGGUGUAAGGAGAAACCUGCACGGUGAUGUUACCUCCUCUGCUGGGAGUCAGCGCCCCGCCGGGGAUCCUCUCACCGCACAAGAAUCUGAAGGGGGGCCCAUAGGUGGAUACCAAAUACCAGAUGUAAUCAGCGCCGGCCAAUCCGACUUAAACAACCAGAGUCCGGAAACAGGAGACAUUGCACUCAGUGGCCACGAAUGUCACCGGGAGAGUCACCAAGGGCUCGGCUGCUCCGGCAGAGAGGUCUGUAAUGGGAAUGGGACAAUCAGGGACAAUGGGGGUUUUGGGGUUGUACAACCAGGAAAGGAUUCCGGCAAAGAUAUUUCUGUUGGGACAAUCAGGGACAAUGCGGGUUCAAAGAGUCUUCCAAUUGAUUCUGCCAAAGAUAUCCAUGAUGGAAAAGGAUCUGGGACAAUCAGGGACAAUGCGGAUUUAGGGACUGUACAAUCACUAAAGGAUUCCGGCAAAGGCAUUUCUGUUGGGACAAUCAGGGACAAUGAGGAUUUAGGGACUGUACAAUCACUAAAGGAUUCCGGCAAAGGCAUUUCUGUUGGGACAAUCAGGGACAAUGAGGAUUUAGGGACUGUACAAUCACUAAAGGAUUCCGGCAAAGGCAUUUCUGUUGGGACAAUCAGGGACAAUUCAGAUUCAAAGAGUCUUCCAAUUGAUUCUGCCAAAGAUGGAAAAGGAUCUGGGACAAUCAGGGACAAUGCAGAUCCUGGGACUGUACAAUCACUAAAGGAUUCUGGCAAAGAUAUUUCUGAUGUAAAGGAAACUGGGACAAUCAAGGGCAAUGCCAACUGUGAGUCUGGCAAGAAAAUCUGUGAUGGAAAAGGAUCUGGAACAAUCAGGGACAAUGUAGAUUCUGGGACUGUUCAAACACUAAAUGAUUCUGGCAAAGAUAUUUCUGAUGUAAAGGGAAUUGGGACAAUCAAGGCCAAUGCCAAGUGUGGGAAUAUACAAUCUCUUCAAGGUUUUGUCAAAGAUAUCUGUGAUGAGUUUGGAAUUGGGACAAUCAGAGACAAUUCAGAUUCUGAGAACAUACAGCUCCCGAAUGAUUCUGGCAAUGAUAUCUGUGAUGGAAAAGGUAUUGGGGCAACCAAGGACAAUACUAGUUCUGGGAUCAUACAAACUGUAACAGAGUCCAUCAGACCCUGCAAAGAAAAGGGAAUUGGGACAAUCGGGGACAAUUCAGAUUCUGAGAACCUCAGAAUAAAUAAUCUCAAAGACACUGGAGAUGGAAAAGUAGAAAAGACAACUGUGGACCACGUGGAUUCUGGGGAUUUACAACCAGUGAGAGAGUCCGGCAAAGACCCCAUUGAUGAGACAGAAAAUGGGACAAUCUGGGACAACCACAGGCAGGAUCCAGAAGUAACGACUGCCAAUGUAGAUUCUGGGAGUCUGAUACAGGACCUACAGUCCAGUUCUGGGAUCAGUUUGGCGCUGAAUGAGAACCAUAAGACUAUGCAGGAAGUCCAUCGCUUCUCCUCUGUGUCCCGGGUGGUGGUGGAGGAGAACAUCAUCGGGGAGAGGCAAGUGGAGGAGUCUAGAACCUCUCCCAGAAGUGCCGGCCUGAGAGGGAAGGUCUAUGAGUACCACAUAGAAUCCACCUCAGAGACCGUGUCCCCAGAGAAACAUUUCAAAUUCCGGGCCUCGGUGUCCCCCUCUAAAUGCCCUCAAGCAGGGCAACAAGACAACCAAGAGGUCAAGGUGGGUCAAGGCCAGGAUCAUGGUGGGGUUUUGGGGCCAAAACUGGGACAAUUCAGUGCUGAUUUAUUCACCGUCAGUCAAGAGUCUCUGGAAGCCAAGGGUAACUCUACUCCAUCUGGUUUAAUAUCUCCUCUACGUAGUCUUGCCCCAAAGGGGGCAUUAAAUACAAAGCCAUCCAAAGGCAAUUCUGUUUUUCACGUUUCCCUCAGCCCAGAAUCCACUUUCGAUGUCCAUCUCGGUCUGGAGAACUGUUUGGAGGUUCUCAGCUUGGCCAAGAAACAUGACCUUGAUGUCCUCAAGACAGCGGCCUACAAGGUCAUGAGCGACAACUAUCUAGAUGUUCUUCAGAACCCUUCCGUCUACGGGCGCCUCCAUGCUGCCGAGAGGGAUCUGAUCCUUGAGAAGAGGAUGAGGGGUAGGAGGUACGUUGUUGUGGCUGAUGUUGACACCAUGGGGUACUCGGUUCCAGGAGACAGCACCCUCAGUUAUUAUGACAGUGACCGGGACUCAUGGCACCUACUUUGUCCAAUGCCACCGGAGGCGGUCAGUAGAGCCUGCUCCAUGGCCACCAUGUUUAAUUAUAUUUUUAUCGUGCUGGGGUGCCAAGGACUAGAGAGGGAAAUGAAACCGUCCCAACGUGUUGUCUGCUACAACCCGGUGACUGGCCAAUGGCAGGACAUCUGCCCCUUGAAUGAAGCCAGGCCUCACUGCAAGCUGGUGGAGCUCGAUGGCUACCUCUACGCCAUUGGUGGGGAAUGUCUUCAUACGGUAGAGCGCUAUGACCCACGGCAGAACCGCUGGAGUUAUGUAGCUCCUCUUCCCAACGACACCUUUGCAGUUGCCCAUAUGGCCACCUCCUACGAUGAUGAGAUCUAUGUGACCGGAGGCACCAUCCGGUAUCUGCUUCUGAGGUACCAACGUAGGGACAACACCUGGAAAAGCAGCGUCAUCACUGGCAGCAAGGACCGUACCACCGAGUUGGUGGCGGCCAAUAAUUUCCUCUAUCGGUUCGACGUGAAUCGCAGUGUGGGCAUCAGUGUGCACCGCUGUAGUGUCCGCGCCCGGAUUUGGUAUGAAUGUGCCACCUAUGCCAUGCCGUACCCCCUGCCCUUCCAGUGCGCGGUGGUUGAUAAUAACAUUUAUCUCAUCAGUAGGAACUUUCACUUGAGGUUCCUCACCGACGACAUCUCCCCACGGUUCAUGGAAGACAAUCUAAAGACACUGCCUUGCCCGAAGGGGCUUUUGUCACCUCUUGUGCUUGUUCUGCCAGGGGUGGACUCCCAGUAAGAACAGUAUGUGGCAACUUGGGUUAUGGCCAUGGCUAAUGUUAAUCCCACACAUUCUACAGUGUAAAAUGGCAUCUGGUUGCUACCGUCAGUGACGAUAGCAACAAGAAAACUGACUGAUUUUAAUGGUAGGUUAUUGCUAUAUUAUUUAUUUUACUAGUUCUGGUUGAUAGGGUCACACGGGGCUGCCCUUGAGGGGUGCCGGGGUUCUGUAGUCAAGGACCCUGUGAAAGAGGGGGGGGCAAAUGUGAAAAGGAGUGGUUGGGGUUUGGCUGACAGUGGGCAGGGUCUUGGCAUAAUGGGGCGUGGAUUUAGUGGGGGCCCAUUCUACUUGUUGGAAAAAGGGGGGUCCUGAGAGCCAUUUGUGGGUUGCAAGGGGCGGGGCCACGGUUUGGUGGGUUGUGGGCAGGGCCUUGGCAUAAUGAGGCAUGGGUGGGACGGAUCCAAGGGGGCUGCUGGGAUAACAAAUUGCCCCGUUCCGGGUGGGGUCCUAUGACUAUUGGGUGGGGUCCUAUGACUUUCGGGUGGGGUCCCAUGACUUUCGGGUGGGGUCCCAUGACUUUCGGGUGGGGUCCCAUGACUUUCGGGUGGGGUCCUAUGACUUUCGGAUGGGGUCCUAUGACUUUCGGAUGGGGUCCUAUGAUUUUCGGGUGGGGUCCUAUGACUUUCGGGUGGGGUCCUAUGACUAUUGAUUGAAGCCCUGAAGUCACUGAGCCUAGAAACCAAACGGAAGCUUCUGUUCCAAAGUUUAUGGCUCCCUCUAUGGGUAUCAAACUGAAAAAUACAUUUUGGGUUGAACUUCCCCUUUAAAAUCAGAAAAGUGUUUUUGUGUGUGUAACAUAUAUGUAUAUAUAUAAAUGAAGAGCCUAUGCACCAAUUCUAUUUGUUGUAUUAGCGCAUUACCUAGAGCAGCCAAUCAGAAAGCUGCUCUUAUUAAUCUAUCUGCAUUGGCCCAAUGAAAGCUACAAGCUGAGUAGCCGGAAGGGCAGAGAAGUCAGAUAUUGCCCCCCCCGCAGGCGGCGGAUUUCAACUUUAUCCCACUUUGAUUGAGACCAGGUAACUGUCACGCCGACGCCAUAAAACCCAAAGAAAAUUCACGGAGUUAAUUAUUCCCUGUCUGCCGCGGCAAUUGUCUUGACAAACGGCGAGAAAUAAAGCGUAACGUCGGCCGGGCCCCGUGCAUUCCCAAUGAGGGAUCUCGCUGCUCUUUGUAUCCAGGCACAGAAACUUUUAUAACGCAUAUAUUCCGUAUGCAGGAAGGCACACGCAAAACUCGUAAAUCCUCCGCUGCCGCCGCCGCGAAAAUACCAGAAUUCCCAGUAAUUGCCUCCCAUUUGUCCACUAAUUCACAGAUAUGACUGGCUGACUGUUAAAUACAUGAUCAUUAUAUUUCAUUUCAAAAAAGUGUCACUCAUUACCUGCCAGGCAGGAUUUUUUAGAUAUUAAAGGGAAAGUAAACCCCAAAAAAAUCAUUAGGAACUUUAUUUAAUUUAAUUGAUGAUCUGUGUCUCUUUUUUUUCCGCUGGAGGGUUAAAGUUCCACAACAUCUGGGUGGUUGUGGGUUUCCCCACCCUGUUACAGUCCUGAAUGACAAAAGCAAAGGCCUUAGUUAUCCUAAUAAAUCAUCAGGAACUUUAUUUAAUUUAAUUGAUCAUCUGUGUCUCUUUCUUUCCGCUAGGGGUUAAAGUUCCACAACAUCUGGGCGGUUGUGGGUUUCCCCACCCUGUUAGGAUUCUGAAUGACAAAAGCAAAGGUCUUAGUUAUCCUAAUAAAUCAUUAGGAACUUUAUUUAAUUUAAUUGA